CAUUUACAUGGAGAGAGAGAUCGAGCAAGAAGACGCUGGUCUGGCAGCAUGGAGGUCUUUAUGAGAAACACGUGUCUUUGGGAGGUAGUAACAGAAGCCAGAUUGGAGUGCACUGAGGGGGAGGAGACGUAGAAAUGGAGAAAGAGAGUGUUGAUAACUUCUCAAGAACAUUGUCUAUAAAAGUGAGGAGUUAUAGAGAGGAAAAGAGACAUGAAAGUGAGAUUCAGAGAGGAUUCUCUUUCAAAAUGGGAUAUUUAUGAGUAUGAUUAAGAGCUUCUGAAGUAGGGAGGACUUUCUGAACUCAAAUAUAAAACCCUGAGUAAGAACUAGGAAACUUAAUUACAUAAAAAUUAAUUUUUUGCAUGAUAAAAGCAGGUGAAACAUUGGGAAACAGCAUUUGCAACAUAACAGGUGUAACACAUAAUAUGGACUCUACAGACUGAGGUGCAAAAGGUUGUAUUUUCUUCUCAUAACUACACUCAACUUGCUCCUCAGCCCUCACUUCUAUCUGUAGCAGAAGACAACCCUAUCAAAAAACAAAAAAGUUACACAACAUUAUAAAUCAACUAUACUUCAGUAAAAAACAAUAGAAACCAACCAACCAACAAAAAAUCAAAAUAUCCCCUCAGAGUAACUUAGUUGUUUUUAAUGUAUUCAUCCUUAAAACCCAGAUCAUCUUCUCUGUCUUCAAAGAAUCCAUCCCCUUUUCAUGGUUUCCUUUAUCUUUGUACAUACUUCUGUUGGUCGAUGUCACCGUGUCUUGUAAUUAUAUACUGCACGUCUGUGUGUACAAAUUGACCUUGAGUUUGUUGAGUGGGGGGACAUUCUCAGUGGCCGGUAUAUGCACAUUACCUGUGUAUAUUUGUAGACUCUUGUUGGUUAAUAGUCAUUUAAGUACCCUGUGUGCUUCAGUGUUUUGGAGUGUUAGGUAGGACUAUCUCUGCAUGUGUCACGUUUCCACAAAGGAUGUUGUAGUAAUUAAGUUUUUACCCCCCUUUCAGAAUAUUUCAAGAAUCAAAACUCUCUAGUCUCUCCUCUUCCUCCUCUUACUUUUCCUUUUUAACUGAGGUAAACAGUAAAAUGCACAAAAAUUAAGUGUAGAGCUCACUGAAUUUUUACAUAUGUAUACACCUGUGUAGUCAUCUCCCAGAUCAAGAUCCAGAACAUUUUCCGCCCCCAGCAGGCUCCCUCCUGCCUCUUCUUAGUCAGACCCCACCUCUUCCAAAUACAACUAUGUUCUGAUUUCUAGCACCAUGUACUAGACUAGUUUUGCCUGUUUUUGAACCUCAUAUAAAUUGAAUCAUAUAGCGUGUAUUCCUUUGUGUUUGGCUUCUUUUGUUCGACAUUAUGUUUGUGAGAUUCAAACAUGUUGACCUGUGUCUUACAGUCUGUUCUUUCUCAUUCUGGUGUAGUGUUUCAUUGUAUGAAUAGAGAUUAUGCUUUCAAUAACAAAGCUUUCUUGGUUUUUUAGAGAAAUGGCCAUUCCUAAAUCUAGAAUAUUAUUUUGCCAUAGAUGUGUUUGGCUUUGUAAUACUUUUUCCUGUCUUAAGUGGGUGGCUAAUAAAUAAGGGAAAAAAGAGUCCAUUUUCAGAAAACAUGAUUUAAAAAUAAAAAUUAACAAACUCUUCCCUUAUAUUGCCUAGGUACAAACUCUUAGGUGUAAGAUAGGCUACAGGGAUGUAUUUGUACAACACGGGGAAUAUAGCCAAUAUUUUGUAAUAACUGUAAAUGGAGUGUAACCUUUAAAAAUUGUAUGUAAAUUUUAAAAAAAAGAACAAACUCCUAAUUGAGUUCAUUUCCAUAGAGCUGGGCAGGAAAUUGACCUUCCAGAUUCAGGAUGGAGGAUAGCCCUGAAUGUUAACUUGGACCAUGGGAGUAGCAGGGAGUGGGUUCCUUGAGUAGAAAGCUCCCUCACAUGAAUGUGCUGUUUUAUGUCUCCCCACCUCCCCCCGCAUCACUGAUUUCCAGUGAGAUGAGUCAGAAAGUGGUUAAGGAGGGCCCCAGACUCUCCAAGAACCAGAAGUUCUCGGAGCACUUCAGCAUACAUUGCUGCCCGCCGUUCACCUUCCUCAACUCCAAACGCGAGAUUGUGGACCGCAAGUAUAGCAUCUGUAAAAGUGGCUGCUUCUACCAGAAGAAAGAGGAGGACUGGAUCUGCUGUGCCUGCCAGAAGACCAGCUCCUGUCAGCAUCCCUUAAGCAACAGAGGAGAGCCAUUGCUCCAGCCUCCAGCUUCUUUUGGCCCUCUCAGCACCAGCCGCCGCGCAACGUCCCCUCAGAGGCCCAAGCGCCAGCCAGCUGCACCCCCCGCGGUGGUCAGAGCACCAGCCAAGCCACGGUCCCCUCCGAGGUCCGAACGUCAGCCACGCCCCCGCCCAGAAGUCCGACCUCCACCAGCCAAGCAGCGUUCCCCUCAGAAGGCCAAGAAGCAGCCGCGCAGCAGCCCCCAGAAAGGGCCAGGCACCAGCCGUGGGGGGUCCCCCAACAAAGCCUCUAGGUUCUGGUAACACCACCUCUUCCCUUUUGCUCCCCAGCCCUAAGGUUAGUAGCUGCUUCCUGUGUUUACUAACAAUAGGUUAUCUCAGUGGCCCUCCUUCAGCCUUACCAAACCUGUGUAAUCAGUUCCCUGCAUUAAAUCCCCUUGUUUGAAACACCUAGUGUGGCUUCUGUUUUCCACAUAGCCACUGUUGGUACAAUACUUCAGAUGGCAGCACCAGUUGCUUCCUUUGUCUAGUAGGACUGGAAGUGAUUAAUUUAUAAAUUCAGAGUAUGGACCACAGUAACAGAUUGAAUAAAUGAGGUCCUCGAUUCCUGUCCCUCAGAGAGAGAAGGAAUGGGGGCUCUAAGGGGUAUCUGUGUAUGUGCAAAAGGAGAGGUUCAGCCAGUUCAUCCACCCCUCCUCCCAACACACUUCAUCUGAUGUUAACUUCAGUGGCAAGAUCGUUCAUUCAUUCAUUCAACAAUCUUGACUGCAUAUGUAUAGAGUUCCACAUACUAUGCUGGGGGAUGGGAACGUGGCCAGAACAAGCCAGGUUGUUUGUGAUCCACCAGAACCAAACAAGAGAAUAGUUAGUCACAGUGUAGGGUUAAACGCUCUAAUACUCUCAUAAUCAGUAUGUGCAUUGGGCUAUGGAAGCCUGGAGAAUGAUUCUGCCUGUCUGGGGCUUCGAAGAAGUUAGGUUAGAUUAAGUAGAGGAUAAAAGGGGAUGAUGCCUGUAGAGAGAAUAAGUGAGCCAAACAGCAUAUGUUCAUCAGCUCCAUCUUGGGAAGGUCAGCCUGUUUUUUUUUUGUUUUUUUUAAUAGACUUUACUUUUCAGAGCAGUUUUAGGUUCAUAUCGUAGUUGAGCAGAAGGUACAGAGACUUCCCUCAUACUCUCUGUCCACACGCACGGCAGGCCAACUCUUUAGUCCUUUUAGUAUUUGAAAAUGAACCUGUUUUAUAAGUUAACAAUGGAUAUAAACUGUAUUUGGGAUUCUCAUAAAUACUCUGAUGCUCAGAACCUGCAUAACACAUAAUAGUGCAUGCAUGUCUCAUGAUGUUUACAGAUUUAGUAUGUAGAAGAAUCAACUGGGGAGCAUGUUAAAAUGCUCCCAGAGAACCUAAUUCCUUGGGUCACUUGUGAGGUUCUAGGGAUCUGCACUGUCAACAAGCAACCAACCCACCCCCAGUGUAGAUCAGGUGAGGUUAAUUUGGGAAGGAAGUAACAGACUGGUGAGUGACUGGUAAGUCACUAAAACUGUAAUAGGAAGUUGUGCGUCAAGUUACCUGGUUGUUAAUGUAUGCCUUCCUGAGGGGCCUGAGUAAUAAGGUCCUAGGACAGGUGAGCUUUGAAAUAUGGAAGUGGUUAGGAAAUGUACAGAGCAGAGGAAAUUAAUUGUAUAUGAGGCAUGACAUCUAUGGUGGUGGCUUCAAGCCCACAAUCUCCAGUGAGCUAUGUGAUGGCUGUUUGGGUGGCCGGGAGUUGAAUGAACCAGGACAUGGAAAGGAGAUGGAAGACAAUGAAAGCCAAUUUCAUCUGAGCCACAGCUUUGUCUGGAUUCAGCCUUGCUGAAUUCACUUAAACUCAAGAGAUAUUUUAGUGUUGGUGUAUUUUGACUCCCUCAGUUAACCGUCCUCGGUGGGUAUCAGGGAAGACACCUCUAUAGUCUGUCACUGCCUCCUCAGCUGUCGUCCCUUCCCUGGGACCAAGGGACCUGACAGGCUCCAUUCAUAAUGUCCCACGACAUCACAGAUGCACCAUCUGAGCCCUUCCUACGAUACUCAUUCUCCCUUCUCAGGUUCCCCAAGGUCCUAAG